CAACUGUGUGUGUGCAAAGUAGAAACGAAAGAAAACGUCCGAGUGCGCAAGAUUUAUGUACAAACUUCUUCGUUUUCAUCUGAAACUUUGAUAAAACUUGGCGCUGUGACUCGCAAUAGGCAAUUUUAUGAUUAUUCUUCUGUGUCCAUCGCGUGGAGAAAGUGAAUAAUAAUUGGUACAGUGAAAUACUCAUCGUUGAGAACAACGUCGCCUACCGCAGUUGCACAGUUCUAAGCAAAUCAGGCCACACUGUUGGAUUGCACCCCCCUCCCCCCACAGUCAACCAGAAAGGAAUCAGAAUUGCUUGUUGAGGUGACGAGCCUGUUGUGAUUUAUUUUUCGCAGUGUUUCAAUUGCUUGCAUGUAGUGUGUUUUUUUUUAAAGGAAAAAGUGAAAAUACUUGAUGCCUGACGUCGAAGAGUCAUUGUCAUAAAAAAGGUCUCGUAAACAAAAUGCAGUUGCCGAGAAUGAAAAUAAAAAAAGGUUGAGAUGCGAAUCUGUCCCUUUGAAGUGCAGUGUUCCUAGUCUUCUGGCUGUUUGUUGUUGAUCCUGGUUAGUGUAGGAAUUGGCUUCACCGCAAACGUUAUCGUUUUGUAUCGUACGCAAUGAAUUAUUGCCCUAUUAUGUGGGCGUUUAUACAACUGCAGUAUGUGUAAAAAAAGAUGCUGUGAAACGCAAAUGUCCACUAUUGGUUUCCGGCUCGGAAUUGUGCAACUCGUGUUUAUCAUCAAUUGUUUUAUAAUGAGGCAUGAAAAUCUCCUCUGUUCGAUGAAGCAAUAAUCUACAGUUCGAAAGUAUUGUUUGAGUGUUCACAAUAGCAAAUCACCAGUUAAGCGGCUGACCAAAUUUGGUUCGAAAUCAAAACACAGGAGAUCUGCAUCCACAGUGUGUGUACUGCCACCAAACUGCCACCGUACGUUUGUGUAAAAGCGUUUUGACUUGCUUGAUGACAAAGUGAUUCAUUCAUUAUUGAUUUGCGGGAAUUUGUGGCAAGCAAAUUGUUCAUCGCACGCCAAUUCAUCAUUUUCAAACAUCCGACUCUUCCUUCUUGGAAGCGAUUGAAUUCGUUCCCGCAAAGGAAAAGCUAAAUCGAAAGAAUCGUUGUUCAGCGCACACAGGACUCUCGUGUAGAGCCACUCUACAAGUAUUCGUCCUGGGUGCUGUCUACAGUUGGGAUCUGAACAUAGAACACACCGUUCCUCACUAUUGUUCUCGUACUCGACAGUGUUCCUUUGAGCAGAGUUAAUUCAAAGAAGUUAAACAAUUAAAGUGGAAGGUUUCAUAAUGCUCUUUGAAGAUCUCACAUAAGCUGUCGAACAAACUAUCAACGAGAUGCAUGCAUUUCGCGCCCGGCCAGGGGUGCUAGUGUCCCCAUGAAGAGAUUCGGCACAGUGACGGAAUCGGCCUUCGAUAAAUGUUGUGUGGUAAAGUGAAGUGAUUGAUUAGAAACAGUAAAGAAAGCUUAAUAAAGUAAGUGUUGCCUGCAGACGCUUAAAAAGGCAAGGUGAAUUCUAGUCAUUUGUUAACAAUUCGUAAGUAAUAGAAACAUCCAAGUGACCACAUGAACGGAAUGUCGAUGACAUUGUACUGAAACGGGAAAUAAAAAAAUCAUCAUCAUCAUCUAGUAGAAAAAUAAUAAUCUGUGACUGUAAACAGUUUAUCAAUUAUUGAACAGUGUAAAAGUUUUUAAAAAUUGAUGUUACCAUUUGGAGGAGAACUUAAAAGUCAGUCAGGCAGCAGAGGUGUGCUGGUGCGUUAGAAGAAAAUCAAACGUUAUCGUGGGCGCGUAGAGCCGUGCUUUAUUAUCAUUUGAGCUGGAACAACAUCGGACCGAUACGGUAUAGAUAGACGACAGAUAGGCAGAUUGGCAGCAAGAGGCACACACCAUUACUACGCAUACGGACCUUGUAAGCGAUCCACCUUAGACACUGGAAAUGCAGUAGCUGUUAUGAAGUGUGUCUAUGCUGUUGAUGAACGAAUGUUUUGCUGCUCGAAUGACACGUUUUAAAAUUCACCAAUCUGCGCCGGUGUGUUAGAAGAGUGCUUUGUGUGUGAUUAAAUGUGUUGAGCGAAUACAUACAAUUUGUCGUACAUAAUCAGUGAUUUCUCGGUUCGGCUGUUGUUGCAAAGAAAAACUCGACGGAAAUACGUAAACUGGCCAGCACAAUUGUAGCAGUUACUUAAGAUUAACACUCCAUCAUGCCAGUGAAUGCUAUCGGAGCGGAACAGCUGAGUGGAAUCGAGGAAGAGUCUGACAUCUACGAAGCCUUUGCGCCCCAUGUCGAUACGUCCAACAUUUCGGUGCUAACGGAUACACCGCCCGGAAAAAAGCCAAACUUGAAAUCGUUUCAAGACGUGCAAUCACUCAUUCAACAAGGAAAAAAACGAGAAGCAAAGAUAGUGUUAAGAGAAAACUCAUGGCCCACCAAUUCACCGAUUCGUUCACAACUAUGGCCAGCUUUAUGCGCCCAACAUCACGUUGGAAAAACGAUGCUGGACGGAUUCUAUUGGGAUAUGGUGAAUCAGGUUUUCGGUACGACAGAAUUGCCCGAGAAACCUAUAAUGCUGCCACCGUUCGUCGAUUCAACACAUUGUCUGCCCUAUCAUUUGACACGGAAAGGUCGAGCGGUGGCUGAUCGAGUAGUAAGUGUGCUCGGUUACGCCUGUCCAGACAUUACGUACAGCCCUACGCUCUACCCUAUUACUUCCAUUUUGUUACACUUUAUGUCUGAGGAAGAAUGCUACCACUGUAUGGCCAGCCUUGUCGCCCCGAAGGAGAAAGUUUUUAUUACUCAAACAAAGUUACUUUAUGAGGUCACGUGGAAGACUGUGAUGCAAAUUGCCAAAAAACAUGCGAAAUCUGCUGUUAAUUACCUAUCGACAAUGUGCAACGGACAAAAGCCUGAAUCGAUCUUCAUGGAUUGGUGCUGGUGGAUAUUAGGUGGAUUACCUUUCCCGCAUCUUGUACGAGUAAUGGAUUGCUUUUUCCACGAGGGAAUUAAGGUUUUCUAUCGCGUAUCGUUGGCUAUAUUGAUACUUUUUCACAAACACGUUACCAGCAGUAAUUCCGAGUGGGACACAGAUGCGAUAAAAAAUGACAUCGAUAAUGCCCUUCCAAAGUUCUGUAAAAAUAUACCAGUCUCACCGGCAAAGCUGCUCCGGACAGCUUUUAGUAUUAGAGCUCUUAGUUCUACGUACAUAUCUAGAGUUUUUUUGAAGACUGAAAUGUUACUAAAGAGUAAGUCAGUACUAAGUGGGCCGAAGCAAAUGGUAAGAUCACGUUCUAGCGAUAAUUUACCAACGAGUCAAUCCCAGAUCAACGUACAAAUGAUGUCUCACACCUUAACGAUUCGGGAGCUGUUUACGCUCUGGUCUUGGCUACCAGUAAGAAUCACAAUGUAUCAACCCAUUCUACUGUAUACAACAGAAGAACAUGGAUGCUCUUUGACAACGUUUUACGUUAGAGUAGAACAACAUGAACCAACACUGUUAAUGAUUAAAACGUGUAAUAACGAAGUGUUUGGUGCUUACUGUUCGUCCCGAUGGUUUGAACGCAAUUUAAAAGACGAUCGUGGACAGCGUCAAGCUUACUUUGGCACGGGAGAAACGUUUCUGUUUUCACUUUAUCCCGAACGUGCCAAAUAUCCGUGGGUCGGAAUAGAGGGUGAUACGGGCUUGGGCCAUGCAUCUGAGCUAUUUAUGGCUGCUGACUCCAAGAUGAUUACUAUCGGCGGCGGAGAGGGGCAAGCUAUCUGGAUGGAUGAAAAUAUUCGUUUCGGCAAAACCGACCGGUGCCAAACAUUUAAUAACCCACCGCUUUGUGCUUCUGGCGAUUUUGAGAUACGUGUUUUGGAGGUGUACGGUUUUGUAGGAGCGUGAAUAACCUGCUGAAUUAUGUAUCGGUAAAGCUUGCGUUUCAUUCACAUUGAACACAUCCGUAUUAAUGUUUAGCCUAUGUUGAAGCUGAAACCAAAACAAAACUCGAUAUGCUGGUAGAUCUCGUUGAUUUCAUCAUUGUGUUCUUUGACUCUCAUGAAAUGAGAGCAAAAACUAGAAGUAAACUUUUGACAAAAAUGAAAAUUUCAGCAAAUUCAUCAAGCCUCAGCCAUUCAAGAAAAGAACGCAUUGUUGUAUGUAUAAUUUUGCCAUGUUCAUUAAAUACUCUGAAUAUUUGCAAAUCGUGCGGAUUGCAUAAGAUCACUACAAGUGAUUAUAUAUAUAUCACGUAUUUCAGCCCAAUCGUAAAGCUUAUUUGGACAAAAGCAAUUUCGAACAAAUAUAUGCAUUAUACAUGAUAAAUGUUUGUUUAAAUUGUCUUUGUGGUUUAAUCGGACUGUAGAAGAAUUCCACGAAGGAAAUUAUUUUAAGCUUUAGGUAGUAUUGCACUAAAUAUAGUUUACAAAAUUUGUUAUGCAUAUUCGAUUUAAUUAUAUUGUGCAGGGAUUAUCGGUGAUUGUUUUUUUUAUGUUUGUUUUAUUUUCCGAUGAUUUACGGAAACUGAUUAUGUUGUUUAUUUUCUUCAAAUGUGGUUAAAAUGUUUAUUUUAAUGGAUUUAUGACAUUAGCGCAAGCAAAGUUAUACCAACAAAGCAUUUCAUGAUACAACGAAAAAACAUUUUAACAUAUCUUUGUAUUACAACAUCACAAAAUUGUUCAAGGAUGUAUAUUUUCUAUUGUAAUGUGUCUCUAUUUGUGGUUUGUUUCGCAUACUCCUGGAAUGUCAUCAAAAUACAACAAUCGUUACAUGGUUUUCAAAGGGUUAUAAUUGUACUGAACUGUAUUGAACUAUAACUUCUUGUAAGUUACUAAUUACAGUUGUAAUCCAUAUUUACAGUUUUUACGCGAUUUAUAUGGUUUUUGUUGUGAUUCAAACACAUGAGUCAGAUUGACGUGGCAUAAGUAGUGUUUAGCUCUGUGAAACUAAGAUGUGCUUAUUCCUUUUUCGUUGUCGGAAACUAAGUACUCGUCGCAUAGUGUGUGCUGAUUUGACAGUAUCUCUCAUCUCUCAAUGAAGCGAGCAUGGAACCAAGUUGAAUGUUUUGCUUGGUAAAAAGAAGGAAUUACAUUCCAAGAGAAAGGAUUUACAUGCCUGGCUAAUAUUGGUCUAUGUCUUCAUAUGUCCUGCUGAUCAAUUGUGUGUUGAUAUUUUUUUCUUGCAUUAUGUUUUUUAUAAAUUUUGGCACGUUUCGGAAAUGUAAAAUUUUUAAUUCCUUUGACGAGUAUAUUUGAUCCUUCAAUAAAAUAAAUGUUGCGGGACUAUAAUAUCGAUACAUCGAAUGAUAAUGAAUUGUGUUGUUGUAGCGACAUGGAUACAAAAUCCAUGCACGAACGAAAACUUCUGAACAUAGUUUCUAACUGCUUGUUUUUAUAUUAUUCACAAAAUAAGAAAUGUAGGAAAGUAGUAGAGAAUGUAGGACGAAUUAAUUUAUUAUACUUUAAAACUGUAUAAACGUUGCGUUAAUUUAAGAUGUGUGAUCAAAACUGAUAAAAGAAUAUAAAUAAUAUAUGACAAACGAACAAACAUAAGAAAUAAAAAAAAGAACAAUGAAUUAGAGAUAUACAGAUAAACGCCAAAACUACAAAGUAACCGGAAUAUUGUAAGUUAGAGAGAUCAAUAUAGCGGGCCAUCUACCAGUGCGUUCAAUGAAAAAAAUAUUGCGAUUUCAUACACAUUAAAAUGCAUAUACUAAAACAUCGCUAAAAGAAUAGAAAUGUCAAUGAAAUCAAACGUAGCUGAAAGCUUAAUGUCUAGCAUUAUAAGUACACAUAAAUGCGUGUUUUUGCCUAACUUCUCAUCUAUUUUAUGUGAUUCAAAAUGUAUUGUUAUUCAAUGUUCAUGCUUCGAUAGUUGUGUGUUUAGCGUCUGCAGAGAUACAACAGAUAAACUAAGAUAAGUAAAUGGGUGCGUAUGCAUAUUCUUAUUUGUUACAUUGUUUCAUUCAUGCUUAGAAUAUUGAUGCUGACCGCUUACAAAAAAAAAAACUACUGCAACCAAUAGAUUGCAACAACAUUUUUUACACGAUAAAUAUCGGUUCAGUUAAAACUUUGAAAUCCACUAUUUGCAAAAGUUACUAAGCAAGCAAAAUGAAAAUAUAUAUAUACUAGAAAUGACGAUAAGAACAUGUUAUUCAAUAUCGACGAGAAUGGAUUUAUAAUAAUGUGUGGAAUGCAUAAUUUAUUUGGUUUCAGCUAUAUAUUCAGAGAACAGUUAUCGCAUCUAUGCAAUCAAUGUAUAAGACUUAUUUGGACGUGCUAACAGUAGUAGUAAAACAAAAAGCAUUGUGAUGAUACUACUAUGGAUUUUGUUUGUAAACGUAUUCGACUCUAAUUUUCAGAUUGUAAUUAUUUUAAAUGUUUUAUAAUUUGUGUAUUGUUAUGAAUAUUGGAAAGUGUUAUUUAUAUCCAAACGCUAGCUUAACGAAUGCAAAAACAGUAAUGAGUUAGGAAAACAACUUACGUACGCUGUAAAACAUAA